AUGCCCGCCCAUGUAAGUGUCGCUUCUGUCAAGAUUGCGGUGACUUGUGCUCUCAAUGAGUCUACUAAGGAUGCUACUGGAGUUGUUCCAAUUAACGGAAACAGCGUUGUCGGUGGAGGUACUAAUGGACUGAGGCAUGAGUUCGAGCUUCAUCCAAAUAUGGCCUCUCGUUGGCUUUUACUCGGUUUUCCCGGUCAGGCAGAGAUCAACGCUGUGCUUGACUUCUUUUCUUCUGCUGAGGCUAGUACUGCCGGAGCUCGCUGGGGCCAUGCUGAGCCUGUAAGCCCUAGCCAGGCUCUCUUACAGCUCCAGGAAAUUAAGGUACAUUUUUUGCUUUACUUGCAACCCCACCUAUCACUUAGUAAUUAUUUACAACUAAAUAGUCUCGAUAGCUUCGUUUAUACUCUGGUCUUCAUAGGAAAUUUGGUGCUUGACUAA